GCACAUCACAAAUCAACUCUCUCGCCCUUCCUCACUUAUUUCUCCUCGUCUGUCCCUCCUCUCUUCAUAUCUUCCCCUGCAGACCAACCUUUCCUUUUUCAACCCUCAUCCUCCGUCACCCACGUUCUCGUUCCCGACACCCCUGCUACAUCUAGAACCUCGCAGCCUCUCCUCUGAUGCCACAUCUUUAUUGCUGUGCCUGACUUGCAUCACCUUUCCCUGGUCUUAACCCGCCCUCUCUAUUGCGUAUUGCCGUCGAUCACACUCGACGCAGCGUCCCAAUACAUCUAUCGCCUACCCGCAAGAGCGCGCUAUCUUAGACGGACGCUGGUUCCUCCCGUUUUUCUUCCUCUCUAUCUCAUCGACACCAUCAACCACCAAGAAAACUGCACCCACCCAAGCACUUACUGCUCGUCGACCGAGCAGGAAACGUCACCAAUACUGACCACAACCAUAACGAUCCCAUCACUCUUUCGUGAUGAGUAACGGCAACUCACCCCCCAGCCUGAGAGCUGUUGAUGCCUUUGCGUGCGCCCUAUAUCGUCGCGCCAAGGCAUCGGGACCAGACUUCGACGACGUAGCCAACGUAGUCCGUCGCCUGCACACGGUCCUCAAGCACCUCAAGGUCGAGUCCGAAGACCAAGAUUCCCUCCUCAACUCAGAUGCAUCAUCCGUCUACAACCGCCAGCUCGCACCCCUCGUUGAGGACUGCGACUUUGCCCUCAAGCAUCUCGAGACCAUGAUCGAAAAGUAUGGCGAGGUUACACAGCUUGAAGAGCGUGAGCGUGAUAUGUUGGCCAUGGUUCGCACCAAACUUGCCAACCAGGAAACAGCUAUCGAUAUGUUUCUCGACACAGUGCAGCUGCACAACCCGAGUAAAGCUCAACGCGUUGUGGACGAACAAGGCGGAAACUUGGACAACAUCAAGGACAAGCUGGACGCCAUUGCAGCAAGGUUAUUUGCGCGGAGACACAGCGGAAUUGGCGACGGCGAAGAGGACCUUUGGCAGCAGUUCCGAGUCGAAUUGGAGAAGGAGGGCUUUUCAAAGGAAGUGUUGCGCAAGCACAAGGAGGUUCUGCGUGCCUACGUCCGCGAGCUGGAACACUCAACCGGCAAUGAUGCUACGGCACCGCCAUCCGUCCGCGGGCUGCUCGCCCAAGAGCGCGCAUAUCCCCAUCCAGCCAUGGCGGUUACACCUGCAUCCUACCAAGGCCGUGAUGAUUAUGGCCGUGGAGAGACUUACGGUUCAUACGAUGUCAAGUAUGCUCCGGCUGUAAGAGGUGACCGCCGUAUGGCAGACCAGCGCUCCGCCCCCAAUAUGCCGAAUGAGUUCAGUACCCUUUCCACUUAUGAAAGGGAACACGGCGCGGACGAGGACCAUAACGACUCUCUUGCCCUCAUCUCUACCCGCGACCUCAUGGCCAUGGAUACCAUGAACACCGGCAUGGAGAACCUUCGCCUCACCGCUGCUCAAAACUACAGCACUUCUCCUUCGUCGACCUCGCCAGCAACCCGUUACCUGCCACCAGAUGUUGCAGCCGCUCGCGCAGCCGCAGACUUCUCCUCAUCGCCCUCCAACCUAGGCGUGUCACCACGCUUCGUACCUCCGAUCCCUCAUCCCAACGGUAACGGUGGUCCCCCGUCUGCUUAUGGUGCAUCCCCUCGUACGUCCCAAAGCCGUAUUGCGCCAGACCGCUACGGCAUGGAUAUCCCUCUGGAAGCCAAGUGGACGCGCAUCCGCCGUGCGCUCAUCUCCCCCGAGAUCCUUGAGCGUGCAGGCGUCCGCUAUGAGGCUCGCCCAGACUACGUCGCAGUCCUCGGUGUCCUCAGCCGCGAGGAGAUCACAAAUUACGCUCGUCUCUCUGCCGAGGCCCGCGCGGCACGCUCUUCAAGACGUCACAACGGUGGUGGCCCCCCGCCAAAAGGUGGCCCUACGCAAGGCUCACCCCGCCGCCGCGGCGAUUCACACACCUCAUCAUCUGAGGAGCCUCUCUGGGACUCGUCCGACAACUCAUCAGAAGCCAGCUACCCCGAUGAGGAGAAGGGCAACAAGACGUACUAUAUCGUCCCCCCGCCCUCAGACAAGGAAAAGGGCACAUCACCCGCCGCAACAGUGCAACCAAAGCCCAUUCUGAAGAACAAAAACGAGAACCAUGUUCGCUUCGACCCACAGCCGCACGAGCUCGAUCCCCACGCCUCGUCUCCCCGUUCCUACCGCGACGACCGCGACCGGAGGAGACGUCCCUCGCGCCGCGAGCACAGGGAUUACGAGAGCAGAGACCGUGACGGCCACCACAGAGACCGCGAGCGGGAACGUGACCGAGACCGCGGUGAUCGCGAGAGGGACCGCGACCGCGACGGCCACAGAGAUCGUUACCGUGAUCGAGACCAUUAUCCCGGCCGUCACCAUCGCGAGCGAUCUGACCGCGACAGGCGAGACAAGAAGAAGGCCUGGGGCGAGACGCUGGGCGCUGUGGGCAUUGGUGGUGCCGCGGCUAGUCUGCUCAGCGUUCUUACUGAGGCGGCCUCUGUGCUAUGAUCCUGACAUCUACCUUACCCCCUCAUCUACUCUACCUAUCUACCCAACUACCUA